ACCGCUGGUGUCCCCCACUCUGCUGUCUCCGGGUGCUGCCGAUGCCACCCGUGGCCGGGCGCUCCCACUGCCACAGGAUGGCUGAGCUGUUUGUGUUGAGCGUCACCUUCCCCCCCAUUUCGGCAUUUCCCGGCCCCCGCAUCCGCCUAUUGUACCCCCCCAUCCGGAGCCGGAUCCAGCCCCGGUGCUGGCAGGGAGGAACCGGGAUUUCGGGAGGAAACGGGAAGGCUGGCCAGGGCCGGCAUGGCGGGCGGCUGGGAGACAGCGCUGGGCCUGGGGCUCUGCCUGGCUGCCCUGCACCGCGGAGGUGAGUGCAGCCCAUGGGGGCCAAAAUCAGCUGAGCUCUGUCCCCUGCCCCACCCCGGAUCUGAGACCAUGCCCACUCGGGGCAUUCCCCCGCCUCCUUGUCACCCCACAGGCUGCCGCCUCCCCAGCGUGGCCACGGCACCCCAAACCCCAGCUGUGCUGCGGGACAAUUUCCGCCUGCAGCCGGGUGAUUUGGUGACCACAGCGGGGCAAGUGCUGGAGCUGGAUUGCGUCCCCCCUUUGGGGUACCCCGAACCCUACAUUACCUGGAAGAAGGACGGGGUGACCCUGGACUUGGGAGGUGGCAGGUACGCGGUCACCAGGGGGAAGUUGCAGGUGGCAUCGGCGCAAAGGAGCGACUCGGGUCUCUACAUCUGUGUGGCGGCCAACGCGGCAGGCAAGAGGGAGAGCCGGGGUGCCCGCGUCUCCGUGCUGGAGAAGCCGAGCAUUGUGCGGCACCCAAGCGACGCCGUGGCGGUGGCCGGCAGCACCGUGGAGCUGGGCUGCAGCGCCCGAGGUGACCCAGCACCACAGGUGCAGUGGCACAAGGAGCAUGGGGACCUGCCCUGGGGCAGGCACGAGGUGGACCGGGAGCACACUCUGCGCCUCUACGCCGUGACGUCCGCCGAUGCCGGCGCGUACGUGUGUACAGCACAGAGCCAGCUGGGCAGCGCCGCUGCCACCACCUUCCUCCGUGUGGAGGACCGGCAUCAGGACACUGCACCACGGGACCUGCUGGCCGUGCGGCUGCACCUGGACAACGGCACUGCACUGCCCACCGCUGCUGUCCAGCUCCGCUGGCAGAUGUUGAUGCCGGUGCCAGUGCCUGUGGGCUACGUGGUGCUGUACCGCAGCGUGCUGCCCGUCACCACCUCCUGGUUCCAACACGAUGCAGGCGGGGAGCUCAGCGCCGUCAUCCCUGCGCUCCGCAGGGGCUACAAGUAUGAGUUCAAGGUCCGGCCCUACACUGGAGGGGCCCAGGGCUCUGACAGCAACAGCAGACAUCUCUGGAUACCUGAGGAAGUGCCUAGCGCAGCACCCCAGCGUGUCACCAUCAGUCAGGCUGAGACCGGGAACGGCACCGUGGUCGUGAGCUGGGAGCCACCUCCUCCUGAAGCUCACAACGGCGUCAUCCGGGGAUACCAGGUCUGGUCAAUGGGUGAGGGCUGGCAGCGUCCCACCAACAGGACAGUGGACGGAGCCACACGCCGCCUGGAAACCCUCCUCCCACACCCUGGGGUCGAAUUCUGUGUCCAGGUGGCAGCUUUCAACAGCGCAGGGCUGGGGGUUCCCAGCAAUGCCACGUGUGGAGUCCUGGGGCUGACAGAGAGGAGCAGCAGGGUGGUCCAGGCACUGCGGCAGCCUGCUGUCAUCGCAGCCGCUGGUUCCAUGCUCUGGUUGGCCUUACUCGCCCUCCUCCUCCUCCUCUGCCAGCGCCGUGCCAGCCAGGAGGCUGCAGCUCGCCACAGGCUGGUGGCUGGUGACUCGCCAUGGCUUGGUGGUCCCUGGAAGCCCAGCUGUGCCCCCCGAAACCUCAGCAGCAGCAGCAGCCUCAGCAGCCGGCUCCUGGGCAGUGACGGCAAGGACCCCCACCCGUCCACCCUAUCCUUGGAGCCGCCGAGCCUCGGCCCCCCCACACCCCCCUUCCACAGCAGCUUCCGUGGGGGACACCCACCGCCCCUUGGGGACGUGGGGUGCUGCGGUGGGGGGCACCCCGGGGUGCAUUCCUCACCCAGCACCCCAAACCCAGCGCCCUGGGAGCGUGUUCGCAAGAGAGAGCUGCAUCAAGUGCACAGCACCCCGGUGCUCGUAGCUGGCCCCAGCCACAGCCCUGCCACUGGAAGUGGAGGGGAGUGGGGGGCAGAUUUUGGGCUGGCAGCCAGGCAGCCUCAGCAAAGGGGACACGAGGGUGACACCGCCGCUGCCGGGAUGGACAGCAGGGACCCGCGGCUACCGGCCUUCAGCUCUCCAAAGCCGCGUCGGGGCAGCGCUUCACUGGCCUCUGGUGUAACCUGGUCACCGGUGACACCCCCGAGGCCACCCCAUGCCUGGCACCCACCGGUGACACGGUCCCCAGCCUCCGUGUGCCCCAGGGACACGUCUCUGGUCACCAGGCAGCCCAAGGACAUGUCCCCAGUCACUGGGAUCCCCAGGGACACAUCCCCGAUCACUGAGAGCCCCAGGGGUGUGUCGCCAGCCACCAGGAGCCCUAGGGAUCUGUCCUUGGUCACUGAGCACCCCAAGGACAUAUUCCUGGACAGCAGGCAUCCUAAGGAUGUGCCCUCAGUCACUAGGACCCCCAGGGACAUGUCACCAGUCACCAGGCACCGCAAGGAUCUGUCACCGGCAACCAAGCACCAGAGGGACUCAGUGCUGGCCACCAGGCACCCUGAGGGCACCUCCCUGGUCACCAGGUGCCCCAGAGACCCAUUACCAGCGGCUGAGUGCCAGAGGGACAUCUCGCUGUCCACCAGACACCCCAAGGACAUGUCCCCAGCCAGCAGGCGCCCAAAGGACGCAUCCCCAGGCAUGAGGCUCCCCAAGGAGAUGUCCUCAGACACGAGGCUCCUCGAGGAGAUGUCCCCAGCCACUAGGCACUGCAGGGACAAGUUCCUGGCCUCCAGGUACCCUGAAAACACGUCACCAGCCUUGAGGCAUCCCAAUGACACACUGCCAGCCGCUGGGCACCCCAGGGACACAUCCCCACUCACCAGGCACCCUGAGGAGAUGUCACCGGUGUCCGAGCACCACAGGGACAACUUCUUGGACACCAGCAGGUACCCUGAAAACAUGUCCCCAGCCUUGAGGCAUCCCAAGGACACAUCUCCAGCCACCAGACACCCCAGGGACACAUCUCCAGCCACCAGGCAUCCCGAAGAGGUGUCUGCACUCACUGGUCACCAGAAGGACAGGUUCUUGAGCACCAGGUAUGCCAAGGACAUGUCCCCAGCCACCAGCCACACCAGGAACACGUCACUGGAGAGCAGGCACCCAAGGGACAUAUUCCUGGCCACCAGGUACCCCAAGGACACGUCCCUGGCCACCGGGCGCCUCUCGCCAGCAUUCAGUGACGGGGUCCUCACACAAGAGCAGGUGGCUGAGGUGCUGGAGAUGGAGCAGGACACUACCUGCUGCAGAGCCCCAGCACCAACCACACCACGGUCCUUCUCACCACUGCACACCUACGGCUACAUCUAUGGGCCACCAGCCUCUGAGCUAGGAGAGGAGGAGGAGGAAGAAGAGGAGGAGGAGGAAGAGGGUACCACAACGAGGGGUUCGCCAGGAGGGUCGCUGUUGAACGGCUGGGGGUCUGUCUCGGAGGACAACUUUGCCAGCACCCGCUGCAGCUUGGUGAGCUCCUGUGACGGCUCCUUCCUCCUGGAUGCCAGCUUCGCCAGGGCACUGGCCGUGGCUGUCGAUGGCCUCUGCUACAGCCUUGAAGACACCAGCGGGGCCUACGGGGGUCCCUCACCACCACCAUCGCCCUUGGAGCAGGUCUUCCCACCCAGAGCCCACACUACCACCUGGGACUGGUGGUCAGUGCUGGAGGUCCCACAGAGAACCAGGACAGAGGCAGCCACGAACAGCAGCUCACACAACGGUGGCCAGGGGUCAGGGACUGGCAGCCCCUGGGCCAGGGAAGGUGGUGAGCUGAGGACAGGAGCGUGGCAGUCCCCAGGGCGCAGGACACAGCAAGGCCAGAGUCCCCUUGGCUGAGCUAAAAUCCAGCUUUAUUAGGCAGUUCCCCAAACAGGGGCUUUUUAGUAGGAAAAGCCACCCACAAGGGUGGGGGACACCAAGGUGGUGGGGUGUCCCUCCUUAUUCAGCAUUCUUGUGUCCUCCUUCUUCCACAGCGUCCCCAUCCCUCCUCAGCAUCCCCACCCCUUCCCAAAUUCCUCAUUCCUCCCCAGCAUCUGCAAGUGUCUGCAUCACUCUAAUGUCCUUGUCCUUCCUCAGAGUCCUUCUCCUUCCCCAGCAUCCUCAUCCCACCUAACUACCCUUCUCCAGCCCAAGCACUGUUGUCCACCCUGUGUCCCUGUCUUUCCCUAGGGCUGUUGACCCCCAACCAUCCCCAUUCCUGCUGACUAUUCCCAUUCCUUCCCACUGUCCUUGUGCUUUCUGAUAGUUCGUGCCCUUCCUCAAUCCUUGUCCCACCUUGUCCAUCCUUGUCCCUCCCAAGUGUUCUCAUCCUUCCCAAGCCACCUGAGUGGCCUUGUGGCUUGGGCUCCCUCUAAAUGUCCUUGUUCCUCGUAAUCAUCCUCGUUCCCAGGCUUCUCAGCCCUCCUGGGUGUCCUCAUCCUUCAUCAGUUGUUUUGCCCUCCAUGCCAAGUGUCCUUUUCCUUCCCCACUGUCCUCAUCCCCCCGCAACCAUCCUCCUUGUCCCUUACUACUGUCCUUGUCCCUCCCAAGCAAUCUUGUUUUUCCCAAGUGUCCCCUUCCCCCCAGCGAUCCUCAAUGCCCUGGAAAUCCUUGUCCUUCCUCCAUGCCCUCUUUCCCUCCAGGCAUCCUUGCCCUCAGCUUUCCUUGUCCCUCACUAGCACCCUCAUCCACCUGCUGUAUCCUGCUCCCCCCCAUGUAACCUUGUCCCCCGCCAGCUGUCCCCUUCCCUUUCAAUCACCUCAUCCCUCCCAGACGUCCUCGUCCUUUCCCAGCAUCCUUGUUCCUCCCAACUGUCCUCGUCUUCAGGAUCCUUGCCCAGCUUAAGCACCCUCCUCAUCCCUUCCCUCACCCCUCUUCUGCCCAUCUGUCCCAACUACUUCUGCCCCCAGGGUUCACGUCCUUCCCCGGCCAUCUUCCUUGUCCCUCCUGAGGGUCGUCAUUUCUUGUGAAUUCCUUGCCCCACCCCAAGAACCCCCGUCCCCCCUCACGCCGACGCCCACUGUCCGCCACCUCCGUGCAACCCUAUUUGCAUGGAGCCGCUCAGAAAUUAAAGAACAUCCCUCCGUG